CUCACUGCUGCUGUGUGUGAAGACUGAAAGAGAGGAGGACCCGACCACGGCUGUGCUCGACAACUUGUACAAUGGACGCUACAGAGUUCCGGAGGAGAGGGAAGGAGAUGGUAGACCUGAUAGCAGAUUACCUGGAGAACAUAGAGCAGAGGACGGUGUACCCCGACGUGGKGCCUGGGUACCUGCGGUCCCUCAUCCCUGAGGAGGCCCCUGAGGAGCCUGACACCUACGAGGACGUGGUCAAAGACAUUGAGAGGGUCAUCAUGCCUGGGGUGACCCACUGGCACAGCCCGUACUUCUAUGCCUACUUCCCCACGGCUAGCUCCUUCCCGUCCAUGCUGGCAGACAUGCUAUCUGGAGCUAUUGGUUGCAUCGGAUUCUCCUGGGCUGCCAGCCCGGCGUGUACAGAGCUGGAGACAGUCAUGAUGGACUGGCUGGGGAAGAUGCUCAAGCUGCCAGAAGACUUCAUCGCCGGGACACACGGACAAGGAGGAGGCGUCAUCCAGGGUACGGCCAGUGAGGCAACUCUUGUGGCUCUCCUAGCUGCCCGCUGCAGGGCGGUCAGAAUGAUCCUGGCCAGUGACCCACAACAUCCAGAGACUGGCAUUACCUCCAAACUGGUGGCCUACUUUUCCGACCAGGCUCAUUGCUCGGUGGAACGAGCAGGUAUGAUUGCCGGAGUGAGGAUGAAGAAGAUUCCAACGGAGCAGUCAGACAAGUAUGCUGUCCAGGGAGAGACCCUCRGGAGAAUGAUACAGGAAGACAAGGCUGCAGGACUUAUCCCCUUUUACGUAAGAACAGAACACACUCAUCCCCUUCUACGUCAGAACAGAACACACUCAUCCCCUUCUACGUCAGAACAGAACACACUCAUCCCCUUCUACAACACACUCAUCCCUUCUACGUCAGAACAGAACACACUCAUCCCCUUCCAAGUCAGAACAGAACCACACUCAUCCCUUCUACUGUCUGUCCAUAGGGUGAAGAAAAGAUCUGAUCUCAUUGGGGCCUUCAAGAUGGAUCCUCUAUACCUGAAACAUGAACAUCAAGAGUCGGGACUGAUUACAGAUUACAGGCACUGGCAGAUUCCACAGGGCCGAAGGUUCCGUUCUCUCAAGAUGUGGUUUGUCUUCCGGAUGUAUGGGCUCAAAGGCCUUCAGGACCACAUCCGUAAGCAUGUGGAGUUGGCUAAAGAGUUUGAGAGCCUGGUUCGCGCUGACCAGCGCUUUGAGAUCAGCGCAGACGUGGUCUUGGGGCUGGUCUGCUUUAGACUAAAGGGUUCCAAUGAGGUGAAUGACACCUUGCUGAAGAGGAUCAACAACGGCAGGAAGAUCCACCUGGUGCCGUGCCUGCUGUCUGGUCAGUUUGUGCUGCGCUUCGCCCUCUGCUCCCGCACCACCGAGUCACGUCACAUCCGCGAGGCCUGGCAACUCAUCACACAGCUGGCCGAAGAGGUCAUGCAGGAGCUGCCCCACUGACCAUCCACAUGGACUAGACAGGCUGGGUUGGACCAGGAGCUGUAUGUAUCAAGCAGUAUUUCAGAGUAAGAGUGCAUGUCUAGGAUCAGGUCCCCCCUGUCGAUUCAUUAUAAUCUAAAAGGCUAAACUGAUCUUAGAAACUGAUCUUAGAUCAGCACUCCUACUCUGAGAUGCUUGAUGAAUAAGGGCCCUAACCCCACCUGACCAUGGCCGGUAUUCAAAAAGGGUCUCAGAGUAGGAGUGUCCAUGUUAUCUUAUUCCUUAUGAAGUAAAAGGCUAAACUGAUCCUAGUUCAGCACGGUUUGAUGCCUACUCUGAGAUGCUACAGGCCUGGAUCUCACUCAGUGGAGGCUGCUGAGGGGAGGACGGCUCAUAAUAAUGGCUGAAACGGAGGGACUGGAAUG